CCACAGGGCCCAGCCUCCUCCAAACGAUGGCAUGCUCUCUGUCCCAAGGGAUUUCGCACCCUGUGCGCAUCUGGAGAAAAGCAGCUGCAUUUGCUCUCCCAGAAGGCGGGAAGCUGGAAGCAGUGGCCCGGGCAGUGACAGGGGAUGUCCGCUCGGGCCACCCAGCCCCAGCGGAGAGGACGUCUGUUUGCUGCCACACGCCGGGGUGCCCGUCUGCUCCCAGGACAGCUUCACGGUGUCCCAGCCUCCGCCCCGGUGCGGCUGGCUGCAGGCCCGGCUGCCGGUGCCUGCAAGGCUUUUUCCCCCAGAGACCAGGGGCUGCGCACCCGGGCUGAGUCCGCAGCCCCCAACCCUGGGCACCACCGAGGGGGAUUCUGAGGGAAGCCCCUGUAGCUGACCGCAGCACGAGGGGGCAGGCCCGGGUCCCAUGGGGCCGGCGGCACCGGGCACGGCGGCGGCGAGGGACCGGCGGCGGCGCGGACUACAACUCCCGGCAUGCCCCGCGGCGGGGGGCGGGUCGCGUGGCUGCGCGCGCCUGUCGGGCUCCGUCGGUGGCGGAGCUGCGGGCCCUGCCCGGCCGGUGCUGGGGCUGCGGGUUCCGCCGGGGUCUCGCAUCGCUGCCGCCGCAUCGCAUCGCUGCCGCCGCAUCGCAUCGCUGCCGGGCUCGAACACGGACCCGUAGUAGCCCACGUAGUGGCCCUGUAGCCCAUGCUGACCGCGCGUGUCGGCGGGGCCUCGCCGGGCGGCAGCGCCAUGGGGCCGUGGGGCCGGGGCCUGCCGUGGGCUCUGGUGCUGCUCGCCUUGCGCGGAGCGGCCGGCGCCCGCCCCAGCUUCGUCCUGUUGCUGGCGGAUGACCUGGGCUUCGGAGACCUGGGCAGCUACGGGCAUCCUUCUUCGGCCACGCCCAGCCUGGACCGGAUGGCUUCCCGAGGGCUGCGGUUCACCGACUUCUACAGCAGCUCCCCGGUGUGCAGCCCGUCCCGGGCAGCCCUGCUGACAGGCCGGUUCCAGAUGCGCUCCGGGGUUUACCCUGGUGUGUUCAGCCCAGACUCACGGGGAGGCCUGCCGCUGUCUGAGGUCACCAUUGCUGAAGUGCUGAAGGCUGAGGGCUAUGCCACAGCCAUGGUUGGCAAGUGGCACCUUGGCCUGGGGAUUAACGGCUCCCUUCUGCCCAUUCAUCAGGGCUUUGACCACUUCUUGGGUGUGCCCUACUCUCAUGACCAGGGCCCUUGCCAGAAUCUCACCUGCUUCCCACCUGACGUCAAGUGUUUUGGGACUUGUGACCAAGGCUUGGUGCCAGUCCCACUGCUCUGGAACCAGAGCAUUGUGCAGCAGCCAGUCUCUUUCCCUGAUCUGGUGCCACUCUACAACAAAUUCUCCCGAGACUUCAUCGCUGACUGUGCCCGACGAGGCCUCCCCUUCCUGCUCUACUAUGCUUCCCACCAUACACACUACCCUCAAUUUGCAAGCCAGGAGUAUGCAGGGCAGUCACGGCGUGGGCCGUUUGGUGAUGCGCUCUUGGAGUUUGACGGCUCAGUGGGACAGCUGCUGCAGACACUGCAGGAAAAUGGUCUUGCAAACACGACCUUGGUGUUUUUCACCUCUGACAAUGGCCCAUCCACCUUGCGGAUGGCACGUGGAGGCAGUUCUGGCCUUCUGAAGUGUGGGAAGGGCACAACAUACGAAGGUGGCAUGCGGGAACCAGCAGUGGCUUAUUGGCCAGGCCAUAUCACUCCAGGAGUGACACAUGAACUGGCAAGCACCCUGGACAUCCUGCCAACACUGGCUACCCUGGCUGGAGCAGCUCUUCCCAAAGUUGCCCUGGAUGGCUAUGACCUGAGUCCAGUGCUGUUUGGGUCAGGGAAGAGUCCUCGGCAGACAAUGUUCUUCUACCCGCCAUCCCCUGAUCCGCUGCACGGCCCCUUUGCUGUCAGGCUUGGGAAGUACAAGGCCCAUUACUUCACACAAGGUUCCUUUCACAGCGAUACGACCCCAGACCAGGCCUGCCACGGGCUGACCCCGCUGACCCCUCACUUGCCCCCGCUGCUCUUUGACUUGGAGUCAGACCCAGCUGAGAACUAUGAUCUGCUGCAGAGUGGCGCAGGGCCGGAGGUUCUGCAAGUCCUGAAGGAGAUCAAACUGCGGAAAGUGCUUUUGGAGCAGCAAAUGGGGUUUGGAGAAAGCCAGAUCAGGAAGGGCAGGGAUCCCGCCCUGCAGCCCUGCUGCGUACCAAACUGCACUCCUAAGCCUUCCUGCUGCUACUGCUCCUAGCUUCUUGCUGCUCCAUCCCCUUCAGUUGUUCCACACUGGAACGCUAUCCAGGACCCACCAAACACCCCCUCUGUCCCCAACUAACCAAGCUCAGCCUUAGAGCUACCCUGCA